AUGGUGAUUCCGCACUCCGGAUUUCUCCCGAAACCGGAAGUGCCUCAGCCGGAUGGUCACGUGUUCCUGUCGAAAAGCGGCCAGAACAAGAGGAGUCUGAAGGGAGCAGAGCGAGGAAACCCGCGUGAACAUCAAAAAUGUCCCUGCAGCCUGGCACUCAGCACAAUGAUCAGUAAUCAGGAAGAGGAUGAGUUCAUUGCCGUGCGGGUUCAAGAUCCUCGCAUCCAGAAUGAAGGGUCAUGGAACUCAUACGUCGAUUACAAAAUCUUCCUGCACACGAACAGUAAGGCGUUCACAGCCAAGACUUCAUGUGUGCGAAGACGCUACAGUGAGUUUGCGUGGCUCAAGAAGAAGAUGCAGAAAAAUGCUGGUUUGGUACCCGUCCCAGCCCUCCCAGGCAAGUCCCUGUUCUCCUUUAGCAAUGAUGAUUUUCUCGAGAGAAGAAGGAAAGGACUCCAGUGCUUUCUUGACAAAGUGGUCCACAUGACCGUGUGCCUGUCGGACAGUCAGCUGCACCUCUUCCUGCAGACUCAGCUCCCUGUGGGACACAUCCUGGACUGUGUCCAAGGCCAUACCCCCUACACCGUCACGGACGCCAUCCUGACCUACGCCUCCUCUAACCGCGGCUAUGCCCAGGCCCAAGAGGAGGAGCGCGGCCAGGACAGGAGCCUCACUGUGUCCUAUGAGUCCAUGGAAAGCCCUGUGCCUCACCAACCAUUCCAGCAAAACAACCCAUUGUUAGCCGUGGCAUCUGAACCAGCGGACGCUUUACAAGACGAAGACACCACUGAAGUACAUUCCCACGCCUCCAGACCAGUCCAGACCAACGGCCAUCUCAAAGCCGUGGUCGACGACUUCAAACAUGUCAGCUUCUUUUUGGGAAGCAACGAAAGUCCAGAGAGUCUCAGCUGUAAAGAACAAGAGCUGCUGCCUGGGACUCAUAGCUGCGUUGUGGAAGCGGCGGACAACCUUAACACAGAAAUAACCCCUAAAGAUGAUUUGGUACAAUGUCUGGAUCAGAGGAAGGACAAAUCUGUUGAUACCUCCAAUACUGACGUUGUUUAUGAAGACAGACAGUCACUACGCUCUUCAAAUGAAAGUAUAGUAAAAGUCAGCGAUGAGGAAAGCAUUGCUGAUGACGCUGAGGUGAUGCAGGAGGCAAACGGGGACGACCACAGCGAGGUUAGCGCCGAUGGAAUCACUGGUCAUUGGCCUGAAACCGGGGCCUCCAGCAUUUUUAAGCUACACAUGAACGGUUGUCCUUUAGAAGAAGAGGAAGAGAGCAUUUCGAACGUGGGCAGUAUCCAAGAGGAGAUAGAGAUCGUCAAGGGAACAGCAGACACAAACAUCAGCGAAUUGAGCGAUAAUCUAGAGUCAAACGAAUCAACAUCUGCGGUGGAUUUGACGGAAAACAGCGACUUUAGCGUCUUGGAGAGCAGCUGUGUGCCGCUGUCAGUGGAUGGUAAAUUAGCAAUAGGGGGAAUGUUGUCCUCCUCCGUGUCUUUGAAUGCCUCAGAGGACAGCAACGAGGGCCCAUUAGCUGAACCAGUGCUGAACGGAGCCAGUGAAAGCACAUAG